AUGGUGAAUGUGAACCCUGUCGAUGCUGUCGGUGAAUCGAGGACACGGCCCGGAGUGACCGUGGCCUUCGUCGAAGACAUCGCUCGCGAGGCUGGUCACACUCUCCGAAAGUUUUUUUCCGAUAGGGAUAAGAAAGUCGACACGAAGGAAUCUCCCGCCGACCUCGUCACGGAAUUCGACAAAGCCAUUGAGGACCACCUAAAGAAAAGGAUUCGCGAGGCUUUUCCAACGCACCAGUUCUUAUGCGAGGAACAGCGUUUUCUUCUGGAGCGGAAGUCCACACAGUCGCUGACGGCUGCGGAGCUCGGUAUCCAGAAACGGAUUGACGGGACGACGAACUUCGUGCAUACUCUUCCGUUUACCUGUGUGUCGAUUGCCUUCGCGGUGAACAAAGAGGUUGUCGUAGGCGUCGUCUAUGCUCCAAUCCUAAAUGAAAUGUUCAGCGCUGAGAAGGGGAAAGGCGCCUUCUUAAAUGGUGAACGCAUCUACACGUCGGGACGGCGGGAUCCUUCUUGUGCGGUCGUAUGCUGCGGCUUCUCCGUUGGCACGAUUCGCAAGAUUGAUAUGCCUGGCUGCGACCUCGCCGUUAAAACGGCCGCCCGCGACAUCGAGCGAUGCGUUCUGAACAACUUGACUUACUGCUCACACAACUGUCGCGAUAUACGGCAUCUCGGAUCGACGGCCCUUGAGCUUUGCUACGUUGCGGCUGGUCGGAUGGAUGCAUACCAGUCCCUUGGCCCGAAGGAAUGGGACUUCGCGGCAGGAAUUCUAAUUGUACAGGAGGCGGGAGGAUGUGUGAUUGACUUCGACGGAAAGCCGCUAGAGCUUCAUCAACGACGUGCGAUUGCUGGAAGCACAGAGGAACUAGCCAGAUCCUUCGUGGGCAACCUUAUGGCUCCCGGGCUCUCCACAGCAGUUGAUGGCCCGGGCGUCAAAACGCUGUGUUCUGCAAAGAAGCCCGUUUUGGAAGCUGCCGCGGAGCAGCUGAAGUGGCAUGGGGGAGAAGAUGUAGCAGUUGUGGUCUACUGA